AUGGCUACACGAAGUCUCUAUGGUAAACCGCGCUUUUGCUCAUUUGCAUCACGAUCUUGUCAACGGUUUCGUUUCAAUUAUAGAGCAAAGAAUCUCAUGAAUCCCCCCCGAAUGAAUGAGGAUGAACUGUUCUCAUAUUCCUCGGGUCGGUUUCUCUAUAACGAACAACUACGUCUUCUUGAACGACAUGUGCUAUUUGAUGUUGCUGCACUUGGCAGUGCUAUCGCAAAGCAUGUCGGCCAUGGGAAGGUCAAAAGCAUCGUCAAAUUGAGUGAAGGUGGUUUCAACCGUGUGUUUCUAGCCACCAUGGAAGAUGGAUUCCGGGCAAUUGUCAAAAUCCCAUACCGAAUAUCCGGCCCAAAGACAUAUGCAACCGCGAGUGAAGUCGCAACCUUGACGUUCCUUCGCUCCAAGGGGUUUCCAGUUCCUGAAGUCUAUGGUUGGUCUUCUACAACAGAAAAUCCAGUUGGCGUGGAGUACAUUAUUAUGGAACAUGCGUCAGGGGUUGGUGCGGAUACUCGCUGGUUCGACACGACAAAAUACCAGAAAAAGGCACUGGUAACCGGCAUUGUCGAUCUUGAAAAAAAGCUCUUCAAUAUACCAUUUGCUUCUAUUGGCAGUCUCUAUUUCAAAAAAGACCUCCCUCGUGAAUGGCAGGGCCAAGUAUACCAGCCAGGCACACCAGAUGAGCACCGGGACUCCGAGACCUAUUGCAUUGGGCCCAUUGCUGACUACAUGUUUUGGUAUGGACAACGUGCGAAGCUUGGAUUGGAAAGGGGGCCUUCCACUGGAAUGCGACUUCCACACAAUACCAUUUUCCCUGGGGUCAAUUCUCCCGGGGAUUAUUUAGAACUCCUUCAGAAGUAUCUGGCAAUUGCUCCUUAUCUCCUUCCAAAGGAUCCCGGGGAUAUCUUGAAUCAACCUACUCUUCGCCAUCCUGACCUUACUUUCAGCAAUGUCUUUGUUUGUCCAGACACAUUCAAUGUCACCUGUAUUAUCGAUUGGCAACACACAAUUGUUGCCCCAUUGCUUCUUGCCGCCGGUUAUCCAAAGCUAUUUGAGAAGCCUGAUCCUGAUGAGCCUUCAACAGAGCUAGUCCCGCCGAAAUACCCAGACGGCUACGAUGCAAUGAGCCCAGAGGAUAAGGCCCAAGUCGACGAGCUAAUCCGGCGUCAAACUUUUUUCUAUCUUUAUCGUGUCUUCAACGGGGGACUAAAUAAAGUGCAUCUCAAAGCUCUACAGGAUCCCUUAAUUCUAUCACGUCAGCAUCUAGUGGAUCUUGCGGGCCGACAAUGGUCAGGUAACCUCAUGACAUUGCGAGGGGCUUUGAUACGCAUGCGUGACAUUUGGCUUCAUGUCCCGGGAAAGGAUGAAAAACCCGAGUGUCCUAUUGGAUUUUCGGAGCAAGAACUCACAGAGCAAUCUGAGAAUGAGCCAAUGUGGUAUAACUUGAAUAAACUCGUUGAUCACUGGCGUGAUGAACUAGGGGGGCUUUCAGAGGAAGGAUGGGUCCAGACUGAACAGUACAACUAUGCAGUUGAACAAAACAAAGCCCUCCAAGUAAAGUUUUCUGAAGGUGGAAGUGCAGAUGACCUUGAGAGAAUUAAACGUGGGUGGCCUUUUCAGGAUCAUGAGGAGUUCUUUUGA